AUGAGCCUGCCAAGCAAAGCUUAUUCUUUCAGCGCGGCCGUAACCAGAGCGCUUCAACGUGUGGGCUCGUGGCAGGGCCCGAUCGGAGCCGGCACCAUUGCGUCUAACGACUGGAGUGCGAACGGGAGCCCUCAGCCGGGGCUGGAGGAUGGCGGCGAUGAACUCGAUAAGGCGAUUGAUGGCGAUGCAGAGGGCGUGUGGAGCCCCGAUAUUGAGCAGAGCUUUCAGGAGGCACUUGCCAUCUACCCACCUUGUGGACGCCGCAAGAUCAUCCUCUCAGAUGAGGGAAAGAUGUAUGGCCGUAAUGAACUUAUUGCCAGAUAUAUCAAGCUGAGGACAGGCAAAACCCGCACAAGGAAACAGGUUUCUAGCCAUUUGCAGGUUCUUGCCCGGAGAAAAUCUCGCGAAAUACAGUCAAAGCUGAAGGCUAUGAACAUGGAUCAAGCAUCCAAAGACAAGGCUCUUCAGACCAUGGCGACACUUUCCUCCGCUCAGAUAGUGUCUCCGAAUCUGAUCAAGAGCCCGCUUUCCCCACUGCCCCAGCCACCGUACGCACCUCCCCCAAGGUUUUGGCCGACUCCAAUUCCAGGACAACCGGGACCCUCUCAGGACAUCAAACCUUUUGCACCAAACACCUACACAAACCUUCCCGGACCUGUUCCACCUCUUAGAUCAGGGUACGAGCCAAUGGUUCCUCUCCUGCCCCCAGCAGCUACCGCGGUGCCCGUGUGGCAGGAUCGCACCAUUGCCUCCUCUAAGCUGCGCAUGCUGGAGUACUCCGCCUUCAUGGAGGUCCCUAGAGAUCAGGAUUCUUACAGCAAACAUUUGUUUGUGCACAUCGGUCAGACCAACCCAUCAUACAGUGAUCCCCUCCUGGAGGCAGUGGACAUCCGGCAGAUCUACGACAAAUUUCCGGAGAAGAAGGGAGGGUUAAAGGAGCUCUAUGAAAAGGGUCCACAGAAUGCUUUCUUCCUGGUUAAAUUCUGGGCGGAUCUGAACAGCAGCGAUAUGCAGGAUGGGCCUGGAUCCUUCUAUGGCGUCAGCAGCCAGUACUGCAGCACUGAGAACAUGACCAUCACUGUCUCUACUAAAGUCUGCUCCUUCGGCAAGCAGGUGGUGGAAAAAGUAGAGACCGAGUAUGCACGAGUGGAAGGUGGAAAGUGUGUAUACAGGAUCCACCGCUCGCCUAUGUGUGAAUACAUGAUCAACUUCAUUCAUAAGCUUAAGCACCUGCCUGAGAAGUACAUGAUGAACAGCGUUUUGGAGAACUUCACCAUCUUACAGGUGGUGACUAACAGGGAAACACAGGAGACUCUGCUCUGCAUAGCUUUUGUAUUUGAAGUGUCGACGAGCGAACACGGCGCACAGUACCAUGUCUACCGCCUCAUUAAAGACUAGCCACUCUGUCGGAACGGGUUUGCCAACGGACAUUCUGUCUCUUCGUCCAGACGUCAGAGCAAUACACCGGCACGUAGCUGAGAACGGAGGCGUUUUCGUCUCCGUACUGACCGGGGUAGAGUGUAAGUGAAUGGGGGUUCGAAACAGAGAUGAGCACACGAACGGAAAUUACAGACGUAGUAUUGCUCUGUUAAAGGACAAUCUUUUUAUACGUAUUUAAAUGCCUUAACAACAAAGUGGGUCUCACAGGUUUUGUCAUGUAUGAAUUCUAAAUGUCAUUUAUGCUUAUUUUGUUUUGUAUUCAUCGAGGGACUUUGAAUGUUGAACAUCUUGGCAGGUAGGAAGGUUGUGAACAGUGGAAGACAUUCAUAUGUACAUUUAUAUUGCAGACAAGGGCUAUUAAGGAUCGUAAAAAAUGAUAUUUGAAAGGACAGGUCUGCUGAUAAAAAUAGUGCUACUGUUUCUGUUACAUGGGAACAAUGAAAGAUAUAUAUCAAUUUAAAAUACUUCACAAGUGUUAAGGCCAUUUGUAUUCUUGUUUGAAUUAAAAGACAAACGGUUUAAUAUAGAAAUUGUGCUGAUAACGUAGUAAAUGUAAAUGGACCCUGCUUGUUAUUGUUUCACCAUGUACAGAGUAAGAAUUGCCGAUGCAUUCGCAUUGACCUGUCCUUUUCCAGCAAACGAUAGCUGAAACAAGGUUUACAUACCCAUGAAUAAUUCUGUUAGCUCAGUGAAUAUAAGUGCCUCUAUCCAAAGAACUCAGCAUGAAAUGUUUUGAAGUGCCUUUUUGACUACCUCUUGACAUAAAUCAAUACAAAUAUUUGCAAACAUUUUGAUACUUAAGCAUGUUUUAAGCAUUUUUUAAUCAAAGCUCACUUCAGUUUUUGGUAUGUUUAUUUGCUUCUUGUAACAAGUACAUUACAGUAUGACUAAGCCUUCAGAUAGCCUUGUUUCAAUUGGAUAGUGGCACAUCAUACAGGGGAAAGAUAAACUAAUUGAAUAAAUUGUUUUGAGUUAAACUGCCCUCUAACUUGGAGUAGAUGGCUUUCCUGUGGCUGCCUAAUAAUUAACUGAUGGUAUUGGUACCUCUGUUUGGUACCUCUGUUAGAUACCUCUGUUACAAAUGUUUAUUUUUUGUGGAUUUUGACAAUGGAAAGUUUUGUGUUUUUGUAUUUUUGGUGCUUUUGGAUCUUUUAAUGAGAUAUAGCAUUCUAAAACCUUACUAAAACCGAAUAAUGUUUUCCCUAAGUCAUAAGCUCUAGUGUCAUCCUUGAAAUGUAUACCCCUGUGGACUUGUGUUAAUGCAAACUGAUAUGUGCAUCUUCAUGACACAUUAAUUUUGCACCAGAAAGGGAGAGUAAGUGUUUUCAUUCUUCAUUCUCCUUGUCAUUCCCCACUGUGUGAAGAAAAUGUGUACGACUUUUCUUCUUACUAAUGUUCAUAUAAUAGUGUUUAAGUUUAAGGGUACUACAUUGUCAGCAGCUCAACCUUGAGUAGUUUUACUACGUUUAUUUUGUACCCCUUUUAGAAUAAAGUUUGCUUUCAGUGCAAUGAAGAGGCAACAAAUCAUACAGAGGUUUACCCAUGCUGUCAGUAUUUAAUGAAUUAGGGUAAAGAAAAUGCAAGGUUUGAAUUGGUUAUUAUGAAAUACAAUUUGUCCCAGACUCUACCCAAACAUUACUAAUUCCAUUUAACUUAACUGGUACUUCAUAGUAUAUUUAUAACAAAUGAAUUCAAGGUUCGAGCUGUUGUUUUAUUACAAAAGAAUGAAUUGGUACAGCCUACGCCUUUAAUAUGUGUUUUCUGUGAACCUUCUAAAUUGUACUUUUCGCUGGCUCGUUUUAUUAUACUGAUUCAUUUUGUUUGCUCUUUGACUUUCAGUUCAUGCUGUAUGCAUUAAUUGAAAAUUGUGUGUGAGAUUUUAUGUAAUAAUCUAAAUGGUGUUGGAGUUUUCUUUUUUUUUUCCUCCUUAACCAGUAAUGGUUCACUGUGGCCUUGGUUACCAAAUGUGCAUUGAAGUCAUUUAUAUUAUAUCGUAUGUGAGGGUUUUGUACAAUAUAAUCUAAACAACAUGUACAGCAAUACCAAUAAAAUGUCUUGGUUCCUCUUG